AUGGCAGCAAAUAAUAUUACCGACGGCAAUAAUAACAGUAGUAGUAGUAGUAGUAAACCACAGCCGAUCGCCGUCGAGACACCAACACACAACGAAGAUAAAUAUGAAGAAGCCAAUGUGCAUCAAGUAUACCAAGAGAUCGCCUCUCAUUUUAGUGAAACGCGUUACAAGCCAUGGCCGGUAGUGGAAACGUUCUUGAAUGGCUUGCCCAAGGGAAGUCUAGGAGCUGAUGUCGGCUGUGGCAAUGGCAAAUAUUUGGGCGUGAAUCCCAACGUGAUGAUGCUUGGAUCUGAUCGGAGUGCCAAUUUGAUUGAGAUUGUAUGCGAACGUGGUUUUGAAGGGAUGGUAGCCGAUGGUUUAAACCUGCCUUACCGUGACAAUGCUUUCGACUUUGUAGUAUCCAUUGCGGUGAUCCAUCAUUUCUCGACGCCUGAGCGACGGAAGGAAGCCAUUGAGGAAUUGUUACGGAUAACGCGACCGGGAGGCAAAGUACUGGUGUUUGUUUGGGCAUUAGAGCAAACCAAAUUCACCAAACGCAACUUUGAACCGGGCAAGCAAGACGUGUUUGUGCCGUGGAUGCUCAAGUCAACGGGGGAGGUGUACAAUCGUUACUACCACUUGUUCCAGAAGGGCGAGCUGGACGGACUGUUUACACAGCAGUUGGGAGGAGUAACAAUUGAGACGUCGGGGUAUGACCGCGACAAUCACUAUGUCAUUGCCAUCAAGAGGCAGUAG